AUGCUCAAAAAUGGUCUAGUGGUGCCACCAUGGCAAACAUCAGAACAGAGGAUAAUUGAGCAAGCAUGUGCAAGUUUGGAAAUACCCUUGGAAAGCAUCAUUCCAAUUCCUCACAAUCAGGAAAUUGGUAUUCCAUCUUCAACUCCGGAUUUCGCUUCCCAAAUCGACCUUUCCGCGGCAAUCGUAUCAAAUGGUGAUAUGUCAACUUUGAAUCAGAUCCGGCAAGAUAGCCAGGCCAGCCAAACCACACCAUUUGAUUUGGUUGACUGGACCGAGUUCCCAUCAUCAGAACCAUGGGAGCUCAGCCCUUCUGACUGGCCGUGGCAGAUAUUGAGUGGUUUCUCGAGCGACCCAGCCGACGGUCUAGUCAUACCAAAAGAGCCCUUGAUACUGGAAGAUUUUCCAGCAGACCAACGCCGGGAUGACCUUCCGAGCGGCCUACCUGAAUCAAACGAAACAUCAGAUGACGAUGGAGACACUGACAUCGCUCCUGGUCUAGCGGCUCGACUUGGCUCCCUACACAUUGCCGCAGAUGGUAGACUGCGGUUCUACGGCACUGCAUCAAACUAUCAUUUUCUGCUCGGAAACCAAGAUUUGUUACCUGUGAACGAUCACACCUUCCUGGAUAUCAGGCGCGAGGCUGUGUUGGCCCUCGAACACGCUAAACUAGAUCGUGAAGUCCCCUUGCGCUUAGAGGAUGAAUUGAUUGAUCUCUUCUUCAAAUGGCACAAUCCUUGUCAUGCCACCAUCGAUCAAGUUACUUUUGACCUGGCUCGAGUCCAAGAUCGCAGCGGUCAAUCAACAUUCUGCUCACAAUCUCUCAUUGCUGCUAUAUGCGCAAUAGGAGCAGCGUUCAAAGGACGUUAUCAUCAAUCUUUCAUCACAUAUCCUCAGUCCUUGGCUGAUUUCUUCGCGGCUAAGAGUAAGGUUCUUCUGGAGAUUGAGCUUGAUAGCCCAUGCGUAUCGACAGUACAGACUCUUCUUUUACUAAGCAGCCAUGAAGCAGGGGGAGCUCGAGAUGCUCGUAUGUGGUUAUAUAGCGGAAUGGCAAUGCGACUCGCUUUCGACCUUGGAUUGCACGUCGAUGUGGACCCAUACGUAGAACAGGGAACGUUUACCGCUCAGGAAGGAGAAGCACGCAGGACCACGUUCUGGAGUUGUGUGGUAGUCAAUCAUCUCUGGAGUUUCAGUUUAGGACGCCCAUUCAGAGUUGACAGUGAAGAAGUGACGGUCAAAAGACUACCACGAGCUCGAUCCUCCACAAACUCAGAGCGUUGCAUCGACUCUUUAAUUAGUUCCGCAAUGAUCUCACCGCCUAUCGAGGUCUCUCAAAAUGGCAAUGAAACUUUAUAUCUUGUUGUAGAGCAAUGGGUGUCAUUUUGCGAGCAGCUAGCUCCACUUGUUCGGAUCCUGUAUGGCUGUGCCAAAAUCUCACAGACCACAUUACAAGAGCUUUCUAUGCAAACUACGAACCGUCUAUCGAAGUGGCAAGAGGCAAUUCCCGAUGCCAUCAAAAUCUCUCCAGACAAGACGGCUCUUCCUCAUGUUCUUCUCCUUCAUAUGGGCUAUCAUAACUUUUGUAUUCUUAUUCAUCGACCCUGGACAUCCAAGGCCUCGCUACCGAGGGGCAGACUCGGCCCAGGCUACCAACACGCACGAACCAUUUGUCGACAAUCGGCUUCUGAGAUAGCAUCUCUUUUACGAAAAUACGAGGCCAGCUAUACUUUACGCACUAUGAAUGUUUAUAUUGUUACUAUUAUCUUCUCUGCGUCGGUCAUCCUAAUCUUUGGCCUGAUCGCGGAAGACAUGCCACAAGGGUCACAAAGUGAGAAUGAAAAGCUCAAGAUUGCUGGGGAUCUCAGCACUUGUUUUAGGACACUAGAUGAGCUUUGCCAGUCCAUCGAGUGCGCAAAACGAACUCGUGAUUUCCUGCUUGCAAUUCAGAAACGUUGGACCCAGUCAAAACGUGACCCUCAGCUAGGCUUGAAGCGGAGAAACCAACCACAAGAUCACGGGAAAGAUGUUUCACAGAAAAAGACCAAGCACCAACAGAAAGUAUGA